AUGGCCCAAGAAAAUUAUCAGCUGAGAGAAUUGGCUUUGGCAGCAAAGAAACUACAAGAUGUACAUGUGGAUUCCUUGGAUCCAGAGCUUGACUCCUACUGUGCGACCAUCGGGAAGAAGGGCUAUGCUGGGAGCUGCAGCUGUUACUGGGAAGACUCUGAACUAAUGAAGGGACAGGUGACACAGAACAAUGAAGACCCCUUUCCAGAGCACACAGUCGGCCUCAUUAGGAUCAAGUCAACACUGACAUCAACCAAUCAUUUAUUCAACAUUGUAGCUAAACGUACACAGGCUGUUGCUAAGGCGGCUGCGGUGGAGACUUCUGAGAGGACCAACAUUCGGCGUCCUAGUGACGGAAUAAAGUUGGCGCCAGCGUCGCCAGGGAGUGCGUCACUAUUCACGGGCGAUCGGGGGCGGGUCCAGGCGGAGUCACGUGGUUUGGUUGCCUACGCGCUGCUGGGCCGUGGGAAGAUGGCGGACGGAAAGGGAGACGCCACCGCCGGGGCCGGGGCUGAGGCUCCGGAGGUCCCGGGAGCCGGAGCCGGAUCCGAGACUGAGUCCAUGGCUAGGAGUCAUCGCCCUGCAUCUCCCGCGCCGGGAGCCCCGGGCCUGCGACCGUGUCUCUGGCAGCUGGAGACUGAGCUGAGGGAGCAGGAGGUGUCCGAGGUCUCAUCUUUGAACUACUGCAGGAGCUUCUGCCAGACCUUACUGCAAUAUGCAAGCAACAAGAAUGCAUCAGAACACAUUGUGUAUCUUCUGGAGGUAUACCGCCUUGCUAUCCAAAGCUUUGCCAGUGCACGUCCAUUUUUAACUACUGAAUGUGAAGAUGUUCUCCUAGUGCUUGGCAGAUUAGUCCUGAGUUGUUUUGAAUUACUACUUUCAGUGCCUGAAAGUGAACUGCCUUGUGAAGUCUGGGUACCAUUCCUUCAGUCUCUUCAGGAGUCACAUGAUGCAUUAUUGGAAUUUGGGAAUAAUAAUCUACAAAUAUUAGUUCAUGUUACAAAAGAAGGAGUGUGGAAAAACCCUGUUCUUCUUAAAAUUCUCUCUCAACAGCUGGUAGAAACAGAGGAAGGACUAUCUCUCAGGUCUUUUGGUCGGUGGAACACACUUUGAGAAAUGCCUGGUUUAGAGGAAACAGCACCACUGGCUUUGGAAUCCUUGUUAACAAAUUGAUUGCACAAGAAGGACCUUCCUUUCUUCAAAUGCGAAUCAAACAUUUGUUGAAAUCUAACUGCAUCCCCCAAGCCACUGCUUUAUCAAAACUGUGUGCAGAGUCUAAAGAACUUUCACAGGUG